AUGAUUAUUGGUUUUGAUCCUGAUAAUGCAGUUGAUAUUCGAGAUAUUACAGUAGUAGAACGUGAACUACAGAAAUUUUUACCUAAUUGUAAAGUCAAACAUGUUUUUGGACAUGAUUGGUCAUGUAGUUACCGAGGUUGUACAGAUGGUGCAUUUGAAAGUGGUUUUAUUACUAGUGUACGUAAACUUCAACAGUAUUUUAACAGUCAAAUUAUCUAA